GCCUCAGUCGUCGCCGACUCUCCGGCUAGAGCAGAUCGUCGCGCGUAUGGUGCUUUAUUUUUCGUAUGGAAACACGUAGCUGUCCGAGUUUUUCGAUUUUGACAGUUCUAACCAAGCAAAGUUUGUUAUAUUAUUUCUGUGGUGUUGUAUGAUAAUGAAAGUGAAUGGUGCACGUAGCUUGUGAUAAAUUUUGUUCCCAAUCCCAAAAUUUUGGAUUAUAUCAUCACCUCAGGAUGGCCCUGGCCAGAUACAGCCAUAACAAAAACUGUGAAAAACUGGCAACAUUGGAUGAUCUUCCUAAUAGAUUCGUGGAAAAUAUGGAUAAUGCUCUGAUCUUUGACUCUCCUCAUGCCUAGAUUACCGGUGGUGAGCGACUGCUCAGCCGGACAGACGGCUCGAGUCAGCUCCAACCUGCACCCAACGAGCACUAUGGCCGUUAGUCGGGUGCCCAGUCCGCCGCCCCAGGAGGUGAACACUCCCGUAGCCGAGAACUGGUGCUAUACUCAGGUUAAAGUGGUUAAAUUCAGUUACAUGUGGACUAUCAAUAAUUUCAGUUUCUGUAGAGAAGAAAUGGGUGAAGUUUUGAAAUCUUCUACAUUUUCAGCUGGAGCAAAUGACAAACUAAAAUGGUGCUUACGAGUCAAUCCAAAAGGUUUAGACGAAGAAAGUAAAGAUUACUUAUCGCUUUAUCUUUUGCUUGUUUCCUGCAACAAAAGUGAGGUUCGAGCCAAGUUCAAGUUUAGUAUUUUGAAUGCAAAACGAGAAGAAACCAAGGCUAUGGAAAGUCAACGUGCCUACAGAUUUGUACAAGGGAAAGAUUGGGGUUUCAAGAAAUUUAUCCGUAGAGAUUUUCUUCUCGAUGAGGCAAAUGGUCUUCUACCAGAUGACAAAUUGACGAUAUUCUGUGAGGUUAGUGUGGUGGCUGAUAGUGUGAAUAUUUCUGGGCAGUCGAACACAAUUCAGUUUAAAGUGCCAGAGUGCCGAUUAUCCGACGAUUUAGGACUUUUGUUCGAAAACCAAAAAUUUAGUGAUGUUACGUUAUCUGUAAGCGGUAGAGAAUUUCAGGCACACAAAGCAAUAUUAGCAGCACGAAGUCCUGUAUUCCAAGCCAUGUUUGAACAUGAAAUGGAAGAGAGGAAACAUAACCGAGUAGAUAUUCUGGAUGUUGACCAUGAAGUACUACGAGAAAUGCUUCGUUUCAUCUAUACAGGGAAAGCGUCGAAUUUGGAGAAAAUGGCUGAUGACUUACUUGCUGCUGCAGAUAAAUACGCCUUGGAGAGACUUAAAGUAAUGUGUGAAGAAGCACUUUGUACGAACUUAUCAGUUGAAAAUGCAGCGGAGAUUUUAAUAUUAGCUGAUUUGCACAGCGCGGAUCAGCUUAAAGCCCAAGCCAUAGAUUUCAUCAAUACGCAUGCGACCGAUGUCAUGGAUACGCCAGGUUGGAAGUCUAUGAUACAGACGCAUCCCCACCUUAUAGCCGAGGCCUUCCGCGCUUUGGCAACUCAGCAGAUACCCCCCAUUGGUCCCCCCCGAAAAAGAGUAAAACAAAGUGGCAGUUCGUGAUAACGCCAUCGCUCGCGUAAAACCAGAACUAUUUUCGAUACUACAGUUAUUGCUAGUGACAACGCUUAGGUGCGCCUGCGUGGCAUUGUGUAAGACGCUCGACGGGAGUGAAUACGUUCGGGUUUAGUCUACGUUCGUUAAUUAGCAUGAUUAAGCGAAUAAUAAAAGCAAGAUUUUUUUUUUUCGUUCAUGUCUGUAACUUGACUUCUGUGAAAGUCCCCAGAUCAAGACAGUAGAAUCAAUUUGCAAUCGAAAUUUAAUCAUGAACUCGAUGAGUAUUUUUUCGUCUGCAUUUUUGAUUUAUUCUAAGCCGCAUUUUAAAAAGUCGCUAAUCAACCACAGGAAUAUCUCAACAUGUUUUGUGGAUCUGUUUGCCCGCAAUCCUUCCAACUGGUUCAAAUCAUCAGGAAUCGUUACCAUUUGAAGAAUUCUAUGUGUUUUCAAGUUACAGACGCAAUUUUGUGAUUAUGAUUGAAAAGGCUGUAUUCUGCUCUGUUUCUUUUUUUCACUGGGAUCUUCAUGCAGAACAGAAAAACCCUCAGACUUUGUUAGCUUUUCUGUGUUUUUUUUGUUGUAUAGUUCAGUGAGACUUAAUCGUCGCUUAUUUUCUCAUAAUUGAAUUCGGCGAUAUCUAUGUAAUAUAAACAUUGUUGUUCAGACAAUUCUAUUUGCUUGAAACGAAACCAAAACCAACGCUCACUGUGCUAAUGUAAAAUAGUAAAUGCGAUUGUGAUACAUAAAAAUGAAUUAAGAGGUAAUUGAUUUUUUUACCUGAGUUUGUAGAUUUCUAAAGCAAGAAUAUGCCUUUAUUUCAUUAAUUCGAUAAUUUUUGGUACAAAUAGGUUAUUAUGUGAAUUUCGCUGUCGGUAGAAGAAUCGAUUAUCUGAAAAAGCUGUCUCAUAUGACCACAACUUGUUCCUAUUUGGGGGACUUGUCAACCUCUGUUUAUAUUUUAAGUUAGAAUUGUACAUUCAAUUGAUCUCUCCGAAAUAAAAAAUAAAUUUAAGAUUUAGAUCAUAACUGAAAAAUCGGCAGAACAAUUUUAGUGAUAAUCAUGGAACAAAGAUGUUAUUUGCCAAAUUAGACACCACAUUAACUAAUACAAUAACGGGUUUCCAGUGUAUAAUGUGAGCAGUAGAAAUGUUUUGCAGAAAUUUUUAUAAAAGCAAGAUGUGAAAAAUUGUCAACUAUAUGAGCAAUACAAGAUGUUCUUCCAAUCAUUUAAAAUUUUUAUGACAGAAUUCUGUUUGGCAGGAUUUUCACAUAUUUUAUAAAGAAUUUUUCUGUAAGCAUGGAAAAUUUACGAAUUUUCCUCAAUUAUUUUACUAAAAUUCACCAAUCAAAUAUAAUUAUUUGGCAAUUUUUCAUGCAUUUUGAUCAAACAAUUUUGAAAGGCUGUUUUAUCAAUUGUCAGUGUUGUAUGUGCAUAAGUUCAUUUCAAUGCAGAAAUUAUAACCAUGGUCACGACAUAUCUAUCUCCAAAUGUAAAUUUUCACUCACAUGUGUCCAUACAUUUAAAACCAUCAGUUUGUCGAUUUUUGUUGAAAUUUUGUAAUUAUUGUAUGUAGAGAACAUGUUACAUUGUACUGAAGAAACGUCAAAAAGAAAUAUUUCCCAUUAAAAAUGUAAUUUGAGAA